AUGAAGAAUGUCACCAGUGAUGCUAUCGGAGUGAAAUGGAGGUGUAUGACGUAUACACCGAACGAAGAUAGCAACAUCGUGACUAUUACCUUGAAAGUUCCCGUGCUGUCAGUAGUCUUAAAGACUCCCUCGACGGCAUCUGUUGUGGUAGUUGAGAAGUCCUCUCCUAUUGACUUUUGGUGUGAGGUGCCACGUUCACUUCCCAUGUCAACGAUACAGUGGUACCAUGACAACAGGACCCCGGGUGAAACAGAUGAUGAUGUGCGGCUCUCCAAACCGCAAGAAUCCACAUCGGAUAACGAUGAUUUAACCAUUAAAACUACCAGCAAUAUGCAAUUCACACCCACACGUUAUCAUAAUGGAGUCCGCGUCUACUGCACUGCUUACAAUGGCUAUGGGAACACGCUGAUGUCAGAUAGGCCAACACUCAUCAAUGUCAAAUAUUCUCCAGACGGUCCCCCUGUAAUUCGAGGGGUUACAUCAAUCUCUAAUUAUUUCGCAAUACGCUCUACCAGUCAACUGCUUACUUGCUCGAUUAUUGGUGGAAACCCAUUGGCCAAUAUAACUUGGAGCUGUUACGGAGGCACGAUGGAUAACUUGCAAGUGUCUGGACAGAACGUUUCGAGGACGGUUACAUGGAUUGUAGGGUCAAACGAACAGCCAUGUACAUGUAUUUCAAACCAGGAAGUGGUCGGAGAACAACGCUCCAGCAUUAAUGUAAAGGUGUUAUACCCACCAGAUCAACCUCGAUAUGACGUCGGUAGCACUACCGUUAUUGCGUUAGGAACGAUACGUAUCGUCAAAAAUAGAGCGGUCGAGAUAACAUGCAAAAGUGACAGCAACCCUGCACCAUCAGUGUGGCGAUGGAGAAGACCUCCGAGUGCAAUGAUUCAGGCUCCAGGGAAGGUAUUGUCCAUCCCAAACUCUCAUUUGACUGACGCUGGUGUAUACACAUGCGAGGCGGAGAAUACUAUGGUUCCUUCGCAGGGGUCAAGUGUAAAAGGCAAAAAUAGUUCAUCCGUCAACAUUGAAGUGCUCUACCCGCCGUCAACUCCCGUGUUUCACUGGCAAAAUGAGACCGGGGCCAUUUUACCAGACAACACCGCUGUUGUUGUAAAAGGGGACUUCUUUACAAUCAUUUGUGAUUCCGACUCUAAGCCAGGACCUCCAGCUUACAGCUGGACAAAUAAACAAUGGACGGUUACCGCGAUUACUGAUGCGCAGAAAACAUGCACGGUAUCUAACACAUUAAAUCCUUCCGGUUACAAGGAGGAAUCGGGCUCUAACACAGCCACGGUGAUAAUUGAAACGCUCGAACCACCUGGAGAACCAACGUUCAGCUACAUUGACUGCCAGAACAAACAAGUAACCUUUGUUGAAGACAUAAAGAUUAAACUUGGCAUAGAUGUCAGUGUUACUUGUUCCUCUACCGGAAAACCACAACCGAGCUUCCAAUGGUCUUCUCAUCAGUCAAAUUCCCCGGAAACGUUCUUCCUACAAGGUGUCACCAGGCAACAUAAUGGAUCCUAUACAUGUACGGCAAGGAAUACGAUGAACACGACGUUCACUGGUUUAAGACCUGGAACAAAAUCGGCAGCCUUCAACUUAAACGUUUUAUAUCCGCCAUCAGUCGGUUUGAUUGAGAGACAGAUUUUGUUGGAGGGUGGAAAUCUUACGGUCGACUGCCCGGUACAGCCUGGGAAUCCGGUCAUAUCGACCAUCAAAUGGACAAGACGCGAAGGCACCAUUACAACUUCCACGACAAAUAAGGUCCUCAAACUUGUAGCCGUACAAAGACAUCAGUCAGACUACUACAGGUGUACAGCGACCAAUCGUAUGGUACCGUCAGGAUGUCCUCCUGAAGAUGGGUCGGAUUUCUCCGAGACUUAUAUCGACGUGCAAUAUAAAGCGUCCAUCGAGAGCUUUCGGGAGUCAUCCAAUCCGGCUGAUGUCGUAACGUUGAAUCAAGGGGACCCUUUAAAUAUCACCUGCACUGUGGACAGUAAUCCCGGGUCAUUCAUCAGCAUCAAGAACGCCGGUCAUGUAUUAAAUACCACACAGACUGGACGGAGCAUUAGUUACAGUGAAGGGAAGAGUGGACCAAGAGUACCACAGACUGUUACAUUAAUAAAAAACGUGACCAGUGAUACCAACGUGCCUGCAACUUUGUCCUUUUCUGUUGUCGCCUAUCCAGCAAAUGUUAAAUACGUGUGGAAAAAAAUUGAGUCCGAAACAUCUUUACGUACACUUGUUAACGACUCCAAAGUUACUAUUGUCAAUUCGGAAGAUGGACUUCAAUCAAACAUUACUAUCGGAAACGUGCAGGAAUCCGACUUCGGAGAAUACAGUGUCACGGCCACAAAUACGAUCGAAUCGACAUACGAACACUUUUAUCUGGUUCCACAAGGUAUUUUCUUUUAUCUACACACAAGUAAUAUGUUUGUUUACGCGAAACCGGAGACGCCAAAAAGCGAAAUCACUGUUUCUUCCGUGAUACUUUCCUGGGUGCCGGGUUUCAAUGGUGGUCUUCCACAGAAAUUUGUUAUCCAAUACAAAAGAAAGACAAAUACGAUUGUUGAUUUAAGUGCUGAAACAGAAUACGUAGCAAAUAUACAUGCGGUUAACUCAAUCGGAUCGUCUGGGAGCAUAAGCAUAUUCUUUACAACAUUGCCUAAAGAGGAACCCCUGCAUGAAACCAGCGUUGGGUCACUGGUGGGAGGAACAGUUGGUGGAAUAAUCGCGAUAGCUGCUAUAGUAAUAGCGAUCGUGCUGUUUCUCAAAAGAAAGUACACACUGGACUGUACUUGUUCAUUCAACAUGUCUCUUGCUAAACGGAAAGAUUUGAAUCCUGAGACAAACACAGAACAACGAAUUGACACACAUGAUGCUGCCAAUUCCGGAUACAGUUCAGCGUAUGAGGAAGUGUCCUUAUCAAGGGACCAUUCGGUUUAUGAUGCCCUUUGUCAGUACUUAAUCUUCUUUUUUAUACUGUUUGGCAAUUCUUGACUUAUAUGCAGAACCAUUUGUGUGGUUUUGAACAGUUGUAGUAUCCAACUUAAGCACGUUAAUAAAAUACACUCAGUUAAUUAAAAUAAUAUUGGUAUCUACAUAUUCUCAUUUCGUAGUCUACACGAGUAGCUACUUAUUUUAAACCUUCUGUAAAUGCAUGUUGUG